AUGAGAACCAGCUUCCUGCUCCUCGCUGCUGCCAUCUGCGCCGUUGUCGCAUCCGUGGUCUCCGCCGAUUCCCAAGGAUGGUUCCCGUUGCCGGACAUUGACGCCCCGAAAGUGCAGCAGCUUGGCAGGUGGGCGGUGACGGAGCACGACAAGAAGGCGAACGACAAGGUCAAGUUCAACCGGGUGGUGAGCGGCGAGGAGACGUUGGAUCCGGAGCUAGUAGGCAUCAAGUACCACUUGGUCAUUGAUGCGUCGGAUGGCAGUGGCCAGCAUAGGAAGUACGAGGCCGUGCUAGGCGAGGAAUGGAUAGGUCGUAUCAUUCUUAUCUCCUUUAAUCCUGCUAGAUGA